AUGUUGAAAUUAUACAAGUGUCGUUACUGUGGGAAGCAGCUAUCCACAAAGAACAGUCUUAUCCGUCACGAGCGCAUCCAUGUGGGGGAUCGACCUUGGCAGUGUAGCAUGUGCAACAAGACGUUUGCUGACAACUAUGGCUGCAUUAGACACAUCAAUACCCAUUUCAAGAAAGAUGAUAAAUCCUCUGUGAAAACAUCUCAAGAUAUAUAUACCAGUAACUUUUCUGAUUAUACAGCAACUGCACUAGACAAUUCACUAGAAAUGGCAACCUCCAUGCCACCUUUUGUGGCUGCAAAUGAUAUCUCAGCUGACUUGUCUGCGGGGAAUAUGAAUAGUGCUGCCAGUAUCAGCAUUAAUGGUACUUCUAGUUCUGAAGUUAGUGAUCCUAGUGCAUGUAUUUUGCCAGUUAUUGACAGUCAGUCAGCCGUUAUCAGUGAUUCUUGGAGUACCUGUCUGUCAGGUCCUGCCUCUAGUCUGCCAUAUCAGCAGAGCAACGAGGAAGAGGAACAAGCAUUUCUUCAGCACACAAAUACAAUCCACAAUGGAAAACCAGUCAAUGAGGGUCAGUCGGACAGCAGGUUACACACAGAAACUGAAGAAUGUAAACCAGCAGUUGCAAAGGAGAAAAAGUACCUGUACAAAUGUGCUAAAUGUUGUUCAUUCUUUCAUACUGAAUUAUUGUGCAUUGAUCACAUUAAACAAUCAUGCGGUAAAAUUUGCCUGAAUCUUCUCACAGUGGAUAAGCCUCAACAAGAUAACCUUGCUGGUCAAUCAGUGGUAAACAGUUCUUCUACAUCUAGUGAGUCCGAGACCUAUCUUAGCCAUAUACAGUGUUCCAUCUGUUAUUCUAUUUUCAAGGACAAAGCAUCAUGUCAGUUGCACAUCUCAAACGGUUGUCGAGACCCAGACAAAAAACCCAUGACCACACAAGUAGAGUCAACUGUUCAACCUCUGCAAACACAAGCUCAGUUUCUCCAAGCAGAAACGCAUAGUUUCAUUUCUGGGAAAAACCAAGCCAAACUUUUAUUGACAUCCACUUCAACACCAUCAUCUAUUUUUUCCGUCAUUGCUGACAAAGAUGUUGGUUCAAAUACAAUCAUUGCAGUCUCCCGACAGAAUACAGGAAGCAGCAACAUGGCCUUCAUUCCAUAUCCGGGUACUCAUAUUUCCACUCAGAAUCUGUCAGGCAUUCAUACAGCUGCAACAGUAAGCAAGGACUCUCAGUUUACAACUCUGAUACAAAAACCAGCCACUCAUGUAGGUUUACUGACUACUCAGACUCUGAUCCCACAGGGGUUAGGCACACUUACCUGUAAUCAGCUCCCUGGCAAGUCUGACAAGAAGAAAAAUAGUGGCGAUGAGAGUGAGAGGACCUGUCCCCUGUGCCACAAAGUGUUCACCAACAAACACAUCCUGAAACAGCACACAUUGAUCCACAUGGAUCGCAAGUUUGGCUGUAAGUACUGCAUGAAGAAGUUCCACAACAAGUACGGCCGGGACAGGCAUGAGAGGAUCCAUACAGGGGAGAUGCCCUUCUCAUGUCCAAGCUGUAAGAAAGCCUUCCGCGAUAACAGCACUUUCAGAAAACACACACGCUUGUGCUGCCCUGAUAAAUAAAUUGCCAGCUGUCUGAAUGGAAAUCUAUACAAAGGAAGAAAAUGCAAAUUGAUUACAAUGUCAGUGGUUGAGCACAAAAUUUAAUUGAGCCUUAAUCUGGGAAAAUGGGGCUUAACCAAUGUGCGUAAAGUGCCAUCCUAGAUAAGCUUGUGCAGUCAGCACAAACUUAUCAGGGACAUUACUUUCUGCUUAACAUGGAUUGUUCGAAGAGAAUGUUCCAUUAAACAAAAUUACAAUAGAGCGGAAAAAGACGUCUCUGAUAAGCUUGUGCGGACUGCACAGUCUAAUCUGGAAAGACACUACACAAAUGCAUAAACCUCUUCUUUCUAGAACGGGGCUCAAUUGUAUCUGAUAAAGGAAUUAUAGUAGAUUCAACAGCUCCUAACUUAACCCUUUUAUUACUUUUAAAUGAACCUAUUCAGCAUAGCUAUUGUUGUUUGUUUGUGCCUAUGAAAGACAAAACAUGUAUUUAUUUGUAAGAGCUCAUAGUAGCCAUGUAAUAUUUACAUUACUUAGAUCUUGUUUAGAGCCUAGUUAAGAUUUUUAUGCCUCCGGAUCGAUAGAUCGGGGGUAUAUUGUUUUUGUCCUGUCUGUCAUUCUGUCCCAAAACUUUAACUUUGGUUAAAGUUUGAUAACUUUUGCAAUAUUGAACAUACCAACUUGAUAUUUACCAUGCAUGUGUAUCUCAUGUAGCUGCUCAUUUUGAUUGGUGAAAAGUCAAGGUCAUCUUUCAAGGUCAAAGGUCAAAUAUCAUUGUAUUUUUCUUUCCUAAAACUUCAACCUUCGUUAAAGUUUUAUCAUUACUUUUUUAAUAUUGAACACAGCAACUUCAUAUUUGGCCUGCAUGUGUAUCUCGUGCAGCUGCACAUUUUGAGUGGUGAAAGGUCAAGGUCAUCCUUCAAGGUCAAAAUUUAAAAAAAUUGUAAUUUUCAUUUCUCCAUUCAAUCUCUUACUUACUUUCGUGCAGCUGCACAUUUUUAGUGGUGAAAGUUCAAGGUCAACCUUCAAGGUCAAAGGUCAAAUAUCAUUGUAUUUUUCUUUCCUAUAACUUUAACUUUCGUUUAAGUUUUAUCAUAACUUUUUAUGCCCCUGGAUUGAAUGAUCGGGGGUAUAUUGUUUUUGGCCUGUCUGUCUGUCUGUCUGUCAUUCUGUCCCAAAACUUUAACCUUGGUUUAAGUUUUGCGAUAACUUUCGAAAUAUUGAACAUAGCAACUUGAUAUUUGGCAUGCAUAUAUAUCUCAUGGAACUGCACAUUUUGAGUGGUGAAAGGUCAAGGUCAUCCUUCAAGGUCAAAGGUAAAAAAAACAAAGCAGCACAAUAGGGGGCAUUGUGUUUCUGACAAACACAUCUCUUGUUGAUCCUUUAUUUUUUUGUUGAUAGUUACUUUUGGUUCUAAAAUAAUGAUUUUCCAUGAUAUUUAUACAUUUAUUGUGAAAGAAUAUCUUGCAAACUUUAAAUAGUGGGAAAGUUGUCAUCCAGGUUAUUACACAUUAUGUUGUAUAAUGCUAUAAGUAUACAGGUUUGAAAAACUAGUGCAGUUACAUGGACUUUUUUGCUUGCAGCGACAGUGACUACAAAAUUAGACUUACAAUUUGAUGGAUGCUUGAUUUGUAAUGAAUUUAAAGUUAGCGUUUAAUAAAUGGUAGUUGAUAGAGUGAGGUUUAUAAAUACUGAACCAAAAAGAACAAAUUUCAUUGUUAGGCAUAAGUUAUAUUUUAUCAUCACUUGCCUCUAUCCCAGGUCUCAAAUUCAUUAAAAAUGUUCACAUCACUGUGUGUAUUUGCUAUGCUGUACACUGGAAGUAGCUUGCAGCUAUUUGUAUCUCACAGGUUAUUAAGCCCACGCAGGCUUAAAACAGCAUGCAGAAACAACCAGAUUAUUCCUAGUUUUGAUAAGACAGUUAUAAUUAUAUUAUUGUCAUUUUUAAUGAACAAUAAUUUUAAUUAUGUAUUGUAAUGAUUACAUAUGUAAGUUUUUAUUUGUGAAACAACAUUUCAUAUUUUCUUGAGUGUAGUAUAAUGAAGAGAAUGUGGAAUAGUUGCAUCUUUGUGCUUUUCUGUGUUGUGAAUUUAUUUUGAAAAUAUUUGUUUCUAUGUGAACCAAUUAAUGCAUGCAUGCUAUAAAAGUUGAUACAACAGUUUAAGGAGUGAAGUUGUUAUUCCUACUAUGAUAUAUACUUUUUUUCAGAUAUGCAAGAUCAUGGAUACAUAAUUGUGUUGGUGAAAGUAAUUGUUAGUACAAAAAGAAAUACAUGCACUUUCAUUACUGUUUCUUGUUGAGGAGUUAUAAAUGAAAGACACAUCAUGAAAUAAGUAAAUCACUUCUUUGUAUAAAACUGAAUUUAAUUUCAAUUGUAGAAAAUAUGAAAAUAUAGUUCUUUUAUUUUUUAAAUCAAUGAAAGUUUAACUUAUUCAUUACGUUUAUUGGGUCUCCAGUUCUUAAGAAGUUUGUUGAUAUGUUCAUGUCACUGGUGUUGGUCAUAUUUCAAGGAAUAAUUUGCAACAGUUUUAAAUCAAACUUGAUACAACUUUGUACAAGUAUUUUAAUUACGAACAUUUGGAAA